AGUUCAUAUAUCAAAGUAAAAAUUCAUCGACAGUAAUAAUCGCACGAUAACCCGUAUGCAAUAAUACUCUUCACGAAGUCGUAAAUCUCCUAAAAAAACCAUGGACAUAAAAAAACAAUGUCACACACGCGUCAAACGUGUUAGCUCUUGAUUUAGGACAUUCAGUAUAAUUUUACUAACAAAUUGUAAGUAUUAUUUAUACGAUUACUUUUGAAUAAUUUAAUGUUUCGGGUUUAAUAUAUUAGUCAAAAAAUACUCGUAAUUUGAGAUCCACAUACAUUAAUUUCAAAAUGGUAUUAAUUUAAUACUGAUAAAUCCACUACUUGACCUUAGAUAUCGACUACGGAAUAACUCGCGUUUUGGUAAGAACACUGAUGUAUGGAGUAGAUAGAUGUACCACUCUACGGACCUUCUGUAAGUGUGCAAACGCAAGGGUAAAAUAAAAGAGCUCGUAGCAGAGGUGUUCCCUUAUAGACAUCCUCCUUCACAUUGACCUUAUUCAUAAUAUGUCCAAAUCGCGUAUGAGCUAGCUAGGCUACAAUUUCGAGUACUACUUAAUCAGUAUUUUGGAUGCAGAUGGCCAUGAAUCAACUCUACCCCCUUUAUAUUGGCACUGGUGUAUUUGCCGCAUUGUUUAUAUUUAUACCAAUUUUUAUAAGAAAAGGACCUAACCAAGGGAUCAUACGAUGCAGCGUUUUUCUGUCCGUAUUCUCAAUGUGGAUAUUCUGGGCCACCGUGUAUAUCGCACAGAUGAAUCCUGUGGUCGGGCCGCGCCACCUCAACUCCACACUCAUCUGGAUGAAGCACUUGGAAGGUGCGAAAGUUGAAGGUGCAACCCCGGAGCCUGGCAAGGCUGACGACGCUGACAGUGGUGACUUGACUAGAAGAUCAGGCCGGCCCAGAAGGUUCGGUCAUUGUCAUGAACAACCAUUCAACUUGUUCGAAUGCUGCAACAUUCCGUGGCUUCCUGAGCGUGCCAUUGCCAAAUGCAUCCAGCAGCCGAUUAACGUCCUUAAAUUAACGUGCGAGGAAGCAAGAUGCGCGUUGAAAGAGGCAGGCUGGUUGGAGCAUUAUGGGCUAGUGAAGAUGAACGAACUGCAAACCUACUACGAAAACCUCGCGCGGACCGACCUUGACUGGGUGGAGGCGGUUCGGUCCAUCAAGACGGAAUGUUUGGCGACCAUCCCAAGGUUUCUAGGCACUCACAUGGACUGUGUAGAAUUUGAUAUCAUGUACUGUGUAAUGACGAAAAUGUUCAAGCACGCUCCCUUACCAAGCUGGUCGACGGCCGACAUGUGCCUCGCGGCCAAGCAGUUCCUCGCCACGUGCCCGCUCUGCCCGGAGGACUGCAGCAAGGGCUCGGAGGACAGCCUGGUGGCUGACUGCCGCGCUUGUAUGACAUUUUGACAACAGGCUGCUGUAAACAGCCGCCGAGUGCCGCGGUGCCUGGCAGUUUCUCAUCACGCAAGGAUGCUAAGCACGAAGAAUUGCGUAUAUUAUCCCAUUUCCUAUCUUUAUCGCACGCGUAUAAUUAUAUUAAUUGCAGUCCCACCGACUACAACGGCGGGCAAUGCCACUAUGCGAAAGGGACAGCAAUAUAAUGCGUGUGCGAUAGCGAUGGGUACGAAUUCUGAACACUUAGCGUCCUUUAGAUAAAUAGCAUUGUUUGUUAUUUAAACCCGUAAUGAUCAAUUCAAUAACUCGAACUCAACGUUCUUAUGUCGUCUAUGUAGCUUAUUAACUUAUUAUUUUUGUAAUUAACUAUAGUACUUACCAAAUGUAUUAUUAUAAAAUAUGUAAAAAGUAA